AUGUCAGCGCCCAACCACUCCAGCUCACACCCCGAAGUCUUUAUCCUGGUCGGCAUACCUGGCAUGGAGAAGUCUCACAUCUGGAUCUCCAUCCCAUUCUGUCUGAUGUACGUUGUCGCCCUUCUAGGCAACUUGGUCCUGCUGGUCAUCAUCGUGAAGGAGCAAAGCCUCCAUGAACCCAUGUACAUCCUCCUGUCCAUGCUGGCAGUGUGCGACCUCCUGUUAUCCACUGCCACCGUGCCCAAAACCCUUGGUGUCCUCUGGUCUGUUUCCACCAAGAUCUCUUUCUGUGGCUGCUUAGCGCAGAUGUUCUCCAUCUAUUUCAUUUUUGUGGCAGAGUCGGCCAUUUUACUGGCAAUGGCCUUCGAUCGGUAUGUUGCCAUUUGUGACCCCCUGCGGUACACAGCCACCCUGACGCGCUCCGCCAUCGCGAAAGCCGGUGCGGCGGCUUUAACCAGGAGUUUCUGCAUCAUGUUCCCUGCCAUUUUCCUCCUCGAGCGGCUGCCGUACUGCGGACACAACGUCAUGCCGCACACCUACUGCGAGCACAUCGGCGUGGCCCAGCUGGCCUGCGCCGACAUCACCGUCAACGUCUGGUAUGGGGUAGCCGCUGGUUUCCUCUCGGCCGGCUUGGAUGCCGUCUCCAUCGCCGUCUCCUACGCGCUGAUCCUGAGGUCCCUCCGGGGGUGGCCAUCCCCACGCGCCUCCCCCAAGGCUCUGCACACCUGCGGCUCCCACCUCUGCGUCAUCGCCAUGUUUUACGCUCCGGCCUUCUUCUCCUUCCUAGGACACCGGUUCGGCCGGCGCGUUCCUCGGCACGUCCUCGUCUCCCUGGCCAACCUCUACGUCGUUGUGCCACCCAUGCUCAACCCCAUCGUGUACGGGGUGAGAACGAGGCAGAUUCGGGAGCGAGUGGCCGUCCUGCUCCGGUCGGGGGGCUCAGGCACGAGGACGUAG